GCUUUAUAUAUAUAUAUUUAUAUGUUAUUUUACCUUCUGAUGUCUUGAUCGUGCUCUAGAACGAACGUGUUAAAACAGUAUUGUCCAUCCAUCGACUCAUUAUUAAUUCCUUGCUCCCACAGUUUGUCCCUCAAUAUAUCAUUCGUUAUCUAAGCGGGUUAUAUCCUAUUGCCCAUAAUGUCAACUAUAUCUAGUAACAGCGAUAUUUCUACCAUGCUCUAUGUCUUUAGCGCGAUUUUUGGCUUAAUCCCAACCAUUGCCGUCGCGCUACGCUUCCAAGUUCGACGUAGAAUACAGUCAUCGUUUAAAUGGGAUGACUGGGUCAUUUUAUUUGCUCUGCUUUCGUGCAUCACGAUGGCCAUAUCGAUUGUUGUUGGAACGGCCGCUGGAGGAAUGGGGCGCCCUUUGAGGCGCGAUAUCUACGGGAAUCCUAUUUACGAUCAUCAGUAUGUGAUCUACCAGAAGAUAAAUUAUGUGAUCGACCUUGCCCAAUUGUUGGCUCUCGGACCUACUAAAGUAUCUGUGCUUCUCCUUUACCGGCGGAUAUUUGGCAUCGACAAGCGACGUUUUAACGUCAUAUCUGGGCUGCUUAUUACUAUGGUUAUUGCGUGGACAAUCGUUUUUUUCUUCACAAAUGCUUUUCAAAAAACCCCCGUCUCCGAAGUUUGGGCGGAGAAACCGUCAGAAAACUUUGGGACCUUUGCAAACACCACAGACAUGUAUUUGGCGCAGUCGUACAUCGAUGUAGUCCUAGAUGUGCUGAUAAUAACGCUCCCCGUUCCACUAAUUUGGAAACUACAGAUGUCGUGGAAGAGAAAGCUGCAGAUUAGCGCCGUUUUCCUCUUGGGUACGAUAACCACCGGUGCCAGUAUCGCCAGAACCGUCGUUCAAUACGGUGUGGCUAAAGAAUUCGAUGCCCAUAAUGUGGAUACAACGUACUAUGUUGUUCCCGUCGCAUACUGGCCAUUGAUAGAGGCAGCUUUAGGUAUCGUCGCUGCCUGUUUGCCUCUGCUCCGUCCCGUCGGUCAGAUCUACUCUUUGGGGGACCUAGUCCUCGUUUCUAGUGAGAUGAUGUCUUCGGUAUUUAGAGUAUCCAGCCGUGACAGUCGAAAAUCAAAUCGUGGACACACGAAUCAAAGCGAGAGCGGAGAUAGAGCAGCCACCGGCUACGGAGAUACUCCCGGAGACGACAAGUGGCUUAAAAUAUAUAGCACCUCAUUAUUACAACAGACCGUUGACAAUGAGACUCAUAUCGAGUCCCAAAUUGUCCCACCUCCCUCUGUGCACAGUGCUCCAGGUGAUGGUAUCAGAUGCGAAAAAGGAUACAAAGUUGUCUAUGGACCAGACUAGAAAGAAAUUUCUCAGGGUUAAAUGUACGGUGAAAGAUUGUGAAUUACUUUUGUAUUUUUUAUGGUCACGUAUCACAGUUACUAGUGUCUAAACGUAUGUAUCUACGUAUCUAUAUAUGUACCUAGGUAUGUACCUAGGUAUCUAGUUAAUGGGAGUGUCCCUUAAGCAUCAUCCACAUUGCGUA